CUUCUGCUUGCACGGGGGAGAGACGAGAGGGGAUCAGGCAUACAGUGUGGGUCAGGAAUCAGGACUGUGCAGCGGAACAGUGAAUAGCAGCCCCCUGACAAACAUUACCACGAGCUCAAGACGUCCGGCAGUUUAGAAGAGCACCACCUUCAGCGAAGCACACAGCGAAUCCCUGCGCAGCGCUCACCGGCGACCAGUCCACACUAGACCCACACCUCAGCGCUCAGAAGGAGAGAGAGAGGCAGACGGCGACACAACAAGAGAGACAGACUUUUCACGCAGACAAACUAGCUUACACCAUAGCUUACUUUUUGCCAAGCUUGUUUUGUUAUAAGUUGCGCUUCUGGAUUUUAAGUGCGUCUCUGCCAGAAGUCCUCCCUGCCCUUCAACCAGCGGCUUCUUUUGGUUCCUGUCAUCCGCCCGGACCGAACUACGGGGCGGACUUCUUGUUUUACCUUCACCUCAUCGUCUUCUUCACAUGAAAUGAAGUAAGUACACUCACUUGGCACGCACUUUUUCACCAACACUCGCGGCGACGUGUAUUUUUUCACGGACAAACUUAACGGUUCAUUCUCGGGAGCGCCGCUUCCUCUACAAAGUACAGUACGAAUGCUGGGAUCUUUGAAUUGAUUGGUACAAAUAGAAAGCUGAGACAGAUAAAGGAAGAGCCAGAACAGUGACAAGAAAGAAGAGAACGAAAAGAAGGGAGAGAAGAAAGAAGAAAGCAUAAAGUUCUUUGGAAAGAGGAGAGAUAGAGAGAACGACGGGGACGAUGGGGAGGAAAAAGAUUCAGAUCACGCGGAUUAUGGAUGAACGCAACAGACAGGUGACAUUUACGAAGAGAAAGUUUGGCCUGAUGAAGAAGGCGUAUGAGCUGAGUGUGCUGUGUGACUGUGAGAUUGCCCUGAUCAUCUUCAAUAGCACCAACAAGCUGUUCCAGUACGCCAGCACAGACAUGGACAAGGUGCUGCUCAAAUACACAGAGUACAAUGAGCCACAUGAGAGCCGGACCAAUUCCGACAUUGUGGAGACAUUGAGAAAGAAGGGCCUAAAUGGCUGUGACAGCCCAGACCCCGACGCAGACGACUCAGUCGGCCACAGCCCAGAGUCUGAGGACAAGUACAGGAAAAUAAACGACGACAUAGAUCUGAUGAUCAGCAGACAGAGACUGUGUCAGGCUGUGCCCCCAUCCAACUAUGACAUGCCCGUGUCCAUUCCUGUAAGCAACCAGAACAAUCUCAUCUACAGCCAUCCUGGAGGUUCCCUAGGAAACCACAACCUGCUGCCCCUCGCACACCACGGACUCCAGAGAAACAGCAUGUCCCCCGGAGUCACCCAUAGACCUCCCAGUGCAGGGGGCCUCAUGGGUGCUGACCUCAGCACCGGUGCAGGGACCAGUGCUGGAAAUGGAUACGGUAACCAUCGCAACUCACCCGGUCUGCUGGUCUCACCUGGUGGUAUGAGCAAGAGUAUGCAAGCCAAGUCUCCUCCGCCCAUGAAUCUCGGCAUGAAUAACCGCAAACCUGACCUCCGUGUACUGAUACCUCCUGGCGCCAAGAACAACAUGCCCUCUAUUAAUCAGAGAAUAAACAACUCUCAGUCUGCCCAGUCAUUGGCCACUCCUGUUGUAUCAGUAGCUACCCCCACUUUACCAGGCCAAGGUAUGGGGGGUUACCCAUCAGCCAUCUCCACUUCUUAUGGUACUGAGUAUUCUCUGAAUAGUGCCGACUUGUCCUCGUUGUCUGGCUUCAAUAGUGGCAGCUCCCUCCAUCUGGGAUCCAUGAGCGGAUGGCAACAGCAGCAUCUUCAGAACAUGCAGCACUCUGCUCUAAAUCAGCUGGGAAACUGCUCUAGCUCUCACUUAUGUCAGGGUUCAAAUCUGUCCCUGCCCUCUGCUCAAAGCCUGCACAUCAAGUCCGAACCUGUUUCUCCUCCUAGAGAUCGCACCAGCAACACCCCGGGGGGUUACGGUGGCGGUGUACCACCUCCCCAGAACCCAUCGUCCCGCCAGGACUCGGGGCGCUCCCCUGUUGAUAGCCUGAGCAGUUGUAGCAGCUCCCAUGAAGGUAGCGACCGCGAUGAGCACAGGAAUGAGUUCCAUUCACCUCUGGGACUGGGCAGGCCCCUGGACGAGCGUGAGAGCCCGUCCAUCAAACGGGUGCGCCUCUCCGAGGGCUGGGCCACAUGAUAACCCGGCCCUCUGCAGUGCCCGGGUGGUCCUGAGCUCCAACACCUGGCAUUACUACGCCCCCUGCUCCUCCUCACAGUCCCUCAAACCCUUUAUCUCUUUAAGGAAGAAAAGGGAACCCAUCAUUUCUAUGAUUUUGUUUUAAAUGUUAUUUUCCUUGCAGAGUGUGUGUGCUAUACAUAUUGACUUUAUAUAACGCUGGAUGUUGUUUUUGGGUGGGGUGGGUUGUUUGGUCAGGAUGUGGGGUUCUUUUGUUGGGGAUCUAUGCAUACAUUGUAUUGUGUGUGAUUAAAUAAUUCACAUAUGCAUAUAUCUCCACACCUGUCUGUGUACAUAUAUGCAUAUUGACAAAUAAACAAAAAAAUGCCAGGUACUGUUUCAUAAAACAUGCUUACAUUUGCCUCAAAAUGAGUAAAAAAUAAAAGACAAAAAGAUCAUAACUUGAGAGUGAGUGUGUCCAGCGGCACCUUAGCACUUGAGUUGAUAAAACAUGUACAGUGUCAGUUUUCAUUGCUAUACCUUCUCUGCGGUCCCUUGCAAAAAUGUGUGUUAACUUUAGAUGAUGUCAUGUUGCAGGUUCAACGUAUUUAUGUAAAUAAAGGGUCAGAAGGGAUGGGGCAGGGGUCAGACGUUGCCAGACAUUACAAGGUUUAUUCACUCCUGUGAUGAAAAGUCAAUAUGCAACAUUUGAAGGAUUGUACAGGUAAACCGGCAGACCCAACGCUACCAGGUGGAGUCUGGCUCUCACCGCUCUUCUUAAGACCAGAGCCGGGCCAGGACCACUCAUUUGAGCGCUAUAUUAGUUGUCCAAAAGAAAACUCAAUUCUGGAUCUAGUAAUAACUAUUCAGUAUUAUUAAAUCAAAAAAAUGAAGAAAAAAAAUAAUUGUACGAUACUUGCUUAUAUUUUCAUAUGAAAGGAAUACAAUGCAAAGCAUUUUGUGGCUUUUUGUAGUUUCUAUAAGCCAGAAUGUGUUUUUUGAUAGCUUUGCUAAUAAGGGAUUGAGAGAUGACCCAGGAGGGAAAUGUCAGGGCACAGGAGCCCUAAGCCAUGACAAACAGACUGAUAUCCAAUGCUUUGCUGAACUGUUUUAUCUUUGUAGAGGUUUGUUUUUAAACGUGUAUUUCUAAUUAAAUAUAAUAACGGUAAUAUUAAGAUUCUUUUAAAAAAUCUGUGAAAUUAACAUGCUUGUGUAUAGCUUUCUAAUAUAUAAAUAUAUAUAAUAACAUUUUUGUUGGUUUCUUAGUGGAGUUUUUAUGUGCAGUUGCACAUGUUGUCUCAUUUGUUUUUAUUGAGCCCUGAGCCGUUCGGGGCGUAGUCCAAACAGCCAGCUGAAUGCAGUGCCAGUCUGUCGGAAAGACACACUGAAUGCUGUUAGUGCAAAAUGUCACCGGACUGGGACGAGGGAGGACACAGAAAUACAUGGGGUUUCAUUAUACUCAUGAGGACAUAUGACUGCUUCUUAACUAUGGACAAUUCUAUGUAAUAUGUCAUUGUUGACCUUAAGUAUGCCAUUUGAGUUAUUUCCUUUUGGAUAUUAUCAUUUUUCUAAUCAUUGCUACAAAAUGUUACAGUUGUCACCACACAGUCUGGACAAUAUUUAUUACAAAUAUACAAUGCUAAUUUCCUCAAGUUAUGUACAAUCCCAUGUAUUCUCCCAUAUCUCAGAACAGACUGAUGGCUCACCAUCAGACAUUAAGCUCCGUUGUUGCGGUAUAAACAAAACUUAAUACCAGUUUUGUCUUUUUAACAAUGAAAGUCCCACAUAUCUCUCUGCCUCCCACUCCCUUAUCUGCUGUCACUAGUAUUAUAUUUCUAUGUGCAUAUUUGAUGCAGGUUCACUUUGAUGUUACUGUAUACCGUCUGUGUAGUCUACAGGGGCAGUGCCUCUUAAACAGUGUUCUUCUCUCUCUUUUGUAAAUGAGUACAUGAAGGUUGAGAGAGUAUUUCAGGCAGCAUCAAGUUUGGAGAAACCAAAGCCAGUGGCAUUCUGUGUUGUAAACCCAACUUUUAUUUUAUUAUUCAUUUAUGGUUUUGCAAAUAUUGACAAACAAGACAAUAAAAGAAUUUGUUCAAAUACA